UCCGUUGCACGUCUGACCUGAAUAAGAAUUGCAGUCAUCCGGAGUCGAACAGGGAGAGAGGCAGUUUGUAAAAGUUCGCAGCAUACAACUAGCUUGAUCAUAACAAAAGUAAAAUGAUUCAUUUAUUGAGACAAGCACUUUUAAGACCCAGAAUUAUGAACGUUGGAUCCAAAAGACUAAUGGCAAACGAUGCAGGCGAAAAGAAAGAGAUGACUGUUCCGCAUAUGCUAGGAGCUUUGGCUGUUAUUGGGACGGCACUGCUUGGAGCACCUGUUGUUCUGAUGUACACUCGUGAGAGACCAACUACCUUCAAAUAAACGAUCCUGCAACAUCGCAUAAAAAAGACGUUUCCAUGAUUUCAAUGUAUAUUUUUAUGUUCAUCUUUGAUGUUAUAAAAAAAAUUGUAAACAAAUCAGACUUAAUUGGCUUCUCAAACAUGGCGGGUUUAAUCAAUACACUUACUAUAUCUUAGGCAAACUAAAAAAUGGAGGCCAAUCUAAAAUAAAUUGAAGAUUGGCAAGGCUGCAGGAGUAUCAGGUAUUGUUGCAGAGAUAGUAAAAGCAUCUGGAUAUAUUGUAGUUGAGCUUAAUUACUUAUCUUGCUAAUCAGAUUAUAAAGGAUGGUGCUGUUCCGAGUGAAUGGCUGUCGAGUGUAAUAGUGAAUUGUUUCGAGGGCAAGGGUGAUGCAUUAGAAAGAUGUAACUAUGGAGUUUUGAAUUUGGUUGAUCAAGUAAUGAAAGUUAUUGAAAGAGUGAUUGAUAAGUUACUUAGAGAAAGAAUUGAUAUGGAUAAGAUGCAAUUUGGUUUUGUUCCAGUGCGUGGCACUACAGAUGCAAUAUUUUUACUCAGACAGCUUCAGGAAAAAUAUUUAGGAAAGAGAAGGAAUCUCUAUUUUGCUUUGUAGAUUUAGAGAAAGCCUUUGAUAGAGUACCACGUAAAGUUAUUUGGUGGGCUAUGAGAAAAUUAGGUGUGGAUUAGUGGCUAGUUACGAUGGUACAGCAAUGCUAGAAGUCGUGUCAGGAUUAACGAUUCACUUAGUGAUGAAUUUAGUGUAAAUGUUGGUGUAAAUCAGGGUUCUGUACUUAGUCCUUUGUUGUUUGUUCUAGUCUUAAAAGCGCUGUCGAUGGAGUUCAGAACAGGUUGUCCAUGGGAGUUUUUGUGUGCAGAUGAUUUGGUUCUCAUAGCAGAGUUGAUGGAAGAAUUAGUUGAAAAGUUUGAGAAGUGGAAGAAAGGACUAGAAGAGAAAGAGAUAAGGAUGAACACAGCAAAGUCUAAAGUCAUGAUUAGUAGCAUUGCAGCCAAGUGUGACCUUGUAGUUGGAACUUGUGGAGUGAGCAGGAAAGGGGUUGAUUUAGGUAGCAUUAGGUACAUAAGUGCAGUAGUAUUGGUGGAAGGUUAAGAGCUGACAUUCAGUUUGUAUGCAAGCGUUGCAAAGGUGAGAUAUAGAGAAUGAAGUAUUUCCAGCUUUAAUGAUGUACAACAGUGGCUCGUUAGAGAUAGUUGAGAACUUCUGUUACUUAGGUGAUAUGUUGGGCAGUGAAGGGAUGUUGGAAGAAGUGUUACUUGCAGGAUAGGUUCUGCCUGGAAAAAGGUUAGUUACUUCCUUUGUUUACUAGCAGAGCCUUGUCAAUUGAGGUAAAAGGUAGGUUGUAUGAGGCCUGUGUAAGAAGUGUUAUGUUGUACGAUAGUGAGACAUGGGCAGUAAAGCAGGAAGAUCUUGACCGUUUAGAAAGGAAUGAUAUGAGAAUGGUUAGGUGGAUGUGUAACGCCAGUCUGAGAGAUAGAAAGAGUUCAGAUGGUCUAAGAAGCAGGCUAAGUAUCCAUAGAAUUAAAGAUGUUAUCCAGAUAAGAAGAUUGAAUUGGCUGGAGGAUAAAAGAAUGGAGGAGGAUAAUUGGGUAAGAAAGUGUAGAGACUUGAUAGCUCCUGGGGCAAAGCCCAGAGGCAGACCGAGAAAGACUUGGCAGGAGGUUAUAAGGACAGACUUGAUACAGAGGAAGUUGAGUUUAGAUCUAUCACAGUUUAGAUCAGAUUUGAAGAGGGUCAUUACUAUACCCCGUCGAACCCAUUCUAGCAUAGAAAAGAACGUUAAGCCGAGAAUGAUGAUGAUGAUGAUGAUGAUGAUGAUGAUGAUGAUGAUGAUGAUGAUGAUGAUGAUGAUGAUGAUGAUGAUGAUGAUGAUGAUGAUGAUGAUGAUGAUGAUGAUGAUGAUGAUGAUGAUGAUGAUGAUGAUGAUGAUGAUGACGAUGAUGAUGAGCACCGAAACGGCAGUAGUCGUGUUUUCGAAUCUCAUCUUGGUAUUUAUUAUUAUUAUUAUUAUUAUUAUUAUUUUUUUUUUUAUCAUUUUUUAACUAACCGGUAAAGUAAAAGUGUUUACACCAAAGUAAAUGUAGGCAGAAUGAAGUCUCCCAAAUGCCUGGAAAGUAGUCUGCAAAAAUUUCCACAACAUUACGUUAGAAAGAAACGAAGAUUUUUAUCGACAAUCAACUUUCUGCAUUCCUCUUCUGCGCUUCACGUUCGAGGAAUUUUCCGUUCAAGAAGAUCUCACAAAUCAAUUUUGAAAGAAUAAUUGCAUGGUGCGUAGCAAAUAUUAUUGCCCAUCUGAAUAGAAAAUAUGUCGUGUCUAACUUCGUAACCAUCCCAAUCUGAUAGAUAGCCUAGUUAACUAAGCUUUCUUCUUCGAGUUGAUAAAAUGAGUUUCUCUCAAACAAAAGCUUAGACGCGAACGAAUGACUCAGCGGAAACCCCGAGUUUAAAUUAAAUAAUUUAUCUGCGGCCAUAUUUUGGCCGCAGAUAAAUUGUUUGAGACCCAGCGUAAUUUUCCCACCUUAACUACUCCGAUUUUCCGGUUGUAGGAAAAAUUACACUGGGUCUCCUGGCUAUCUGAUAGACAGCUUUUUGUAAA